AUGGCUGGUUCGAGGCUGCAGAACAGGAGUUGGGAUCACUGGCCGUGCAAGUACCGAAGUACCAGCGCUGGAAUGGGACAACAACCAUCCGGGCUCGGAGGAGCUGGACAAGGCGACAAUAAGGACGAUAAAGAUAAGAAGAAGGAGAAGCCCAAGUACGAACCACCUCCACGGCCAACCACUCGAAUCGGCCGGAAGAAGCGCAAGGCUGCCGGCCCAAAUGCGGCAGCAAAGCUACCCACCGUCUAUCCAACCUCCCGCUGUAAGCUAAGGUACUUGCGAAUGCAACGAAUCCACGACCACCUCCUCCUUGAAGAAGAAUAUGUCGAGAACCAGGAACGUCUCCGAAAGGCAAAAACGGCAAAGGAAGGCGGUGCCCCAUCUACUGCGGGCGAUCCUGAUGCUCUUGACCGGAAUGCGGACGAGCGAGGGCGUGUGGAUGAUAUGCGUGGGAGCCCGAUGGGGGUCGGUACAUUGGAGGAAAUGAUUGAUGAUGACCAUGCCAUCGUUUCAAGCACCACUGGGCCUGAAUACUAUGUCUCCAUCAUGUCUUUCGUCGAUAAGGAUCUUCUAGAGCCCGGUGCAAGCGUCUUGCUACAUCAUAAAUCAGUCUCUAUUGUUGGUGUUCUCACUGAUGAUGCGGACCCCUUGGUCACUGUCAUGAAGCUAGACAAAGCCCCGACGGAGUCUUACGCAGACAUUGGAGGCUUGGAAAACCAGAUCCAGGAAGUUCGAGAGUCAGUGGAAUUACCGCUUCUUCACCCAGAGCUUUACGAGGAGAUGGGUAUCAAGCCACCAAAGGGUGUUAUCCUCUAUGGUGCACCCGGGACGGGGAAGACUCUGUUGGCAAAGGCCGUUGCCAACCAGACAAGCGCAACAUUUUUGCGAAUUGUCGGAAGUGAGCUAAUCCAAAAGUAUUUGGGUGACGGGCCGCGACUUGUUCGACAGCUUUUCCAGGUCGCUACUGAAAAUGCGCCCUCAAUCAUCUUCAUCGACGAAAUCGAUGCUAUCGGGACAAAGCGAUACGAAUCGACAUCUGGAGGGGAGAGAGAGAUCCAACGUACUAUGCUGGAGCUUCUAAACCAGCUUGACGGCUUCGACGACCGUGGAGAUGUUAAGGUCAUUAUGGCAACAAAUAAGAUCGAUACCCUUGAUCCUGCUUUGAUCCGUCCUGGACGUAUCGACCGAAAAAUCCUCUUCGAAAACCCCGAUCAAGUCACCAAACGCAAGAUCUUCACUCUUCAUACAUCGAAGAUGUCGCUGAAUGAGGACGUUGACCUGGAGGAAUUUAUCAACCAGAAGGAUGACCUGUCGGGGGCUGAUAUCAAGGCGAUUUGUUCCGAAGCUGGUUUAUUGGCCCUAAGAGAGCGGCGCAUGCGUGUGCAAAUGGCGGAUUUCCGAGCUGCCAGAGAGCGUGUCAUGAAGACGAAGACCGAAGGCGAGCCCGAGGGACUGUAUUUGUAG